AUGUCGUUCUCCCUUUGGGCCCUUGGGGCCGUUUGGACCGCCGUUGCGGAGCCCUCCGCGUCGGCCAACCGGUCCCACUUCUUGGGCCGCGAGCGUUCCGCCGUGGAGGUCUCGGCUGGGGGGGCGAAGUGCGGUCCGUUGGACCUCCCGCAGAAUGCCAACUGUAAGGAGGUGGUGGAAUGGGCCGCUUCCGGUGGCAAAAAUGACCCCAGUGCUGGCAGUUGGUAUUACAACAUGCCCAGCAUUGCCGGUGUCAAGUACGGCGAAGCCUCCGUGGCAGAUUUCCAACGGCUCUACUACUGCGCCCCUCCGGGGAAGGACAAAUUUUGCGGCGUGCCACCGUGCACCGGUUGCAGCCGGGAGCCCUGUAACGAUUGCUUCGCAGGGCAUCAGAUGUAUGCCUCAUUGAGGCCUGGCUGCGAUGGCAACAACCGAGGACUUGGAUGUGUGCCACCCAAGUCGGCCAUGGGAUACAAGGGCCAACAUUGGCCCACCACCGUGGUGUAUGGCGUUCAGGAGAUGCACAUCUUCGCCAUUGGCGACUGGGGUGGUAUGGAUGGAUCCCUGGAUACCAACGAGGGUCGUCCCAACAUCGUGGCCUACAACUGGGGGAAACGACCUGGACCCAGCGUCUUCCCCAGGAGUCGCUGGAACAAGGCACACACCGUGCAGUUCUGCGACCAUAAGCAGCUGGUGGAAUGCUUCAACACUCGUGGACAACCACCAUGUAUCCCUGAGUGCGGCUAUGUGCCAGGUGUGGAUGACAACCCACAGAUCCUUGUGGCCAAUGCCUUCAAGGCCCGUGCCGCGCUGAAGGAUCCGCAGUACAUUUUGAACGUGGGCGACAACUUCUACUGGGGCGCAUUGAGAAAACCUGCGGGGAUCUCCUACCCCACAAAGCAUCAGUUCGAUCAGAUCUUCGAGGGUGUGUAUCAGGGAGCCGGGCUCAGCGGAAAGCCCUGGUUUAGCGUCUUGGGCAACCACGACUGGGGAGGCUUCAAGUUCGACAACGGUUGGGACCAGCAGAUGUCUUACACCUGGGCCAGCGACCGAUGGGUCAUGCCCGCGCCCUACUACACCACCUCAGUGGUCUAUGCGGAUUUGGGUUUUGACGUGGACUACUACUUUUUGGAUUCCAACUUUGUGGACGCCAAACCGCCAGAGGAGGAUCCCAAUCACAACAUGUGUUCGCGCAAGAACAACAAGCCCUCGGCCACCUGUGCUGCAGCCGAUGGCCCCGUCUCAGUGGACAGCUGCCCCGGUUGGUUCGCAGCUCUAUGGGCGGAGCAGAAGGAGUGGGUCAGCCAGCUGUUGCCAAAAAGUCAGGCCACCUGGCAGAUUGCCGUGACCCAUUUCCCUUGUGGUCAUGAACAAGGUUUCUACAAGACCUUGGCCAACAUGGGAUUGGAUUUGUUGAUCACUGGGCACCGCCACGACCAAGAGCUGUGGUUCCCCGAUGACUUCGCCAAGAACCACAUGGGCAUCACCUGUAUCGUCACUGGCGGAGGGGGUGGUAUUACCUCUGAGGCAACACCAGAUCCAGACCACACCGAGGACUGGUAUGGCGAGGCCCAGUAUGGCUUCUACGAUCUGACCAUCAGCAAGAAGGAGAUCUUCAUUGAAUCCGUGAACUAUGAUGGCGAGGUGUUGUUGACCCACACAGUUUACCCAUCUCGUUGA